AUGGGGUUGCUGACUAUUUUAAAGAAGAUGAAACAAAAGGAGAAGGAGAUGAGAAUUUUAAUGCUGUAUCCUUAGUAUAAACCUUUUGGUAAAUUAAACCAAACGUCAAAAGAAAGAGAUUUUAAUUUAGAAUUAAGGUUAAACCUUUCCAGUCAUCAAAGAAUCUCUCAAGGUUUUCUAGAAGGACGCCUUUGAAAUUUAGCGUUCUCAUUCAGUGAUCUGGAAAAAAGUGGUGGAUAUUCAUCAAUGUUGUGAGGCCAAUAGACCUUGUCAGUGCUUGUCACGGUUUUGGAAGCCAUCUUGACGACCCGGGCUGGGAGGGGGGGGGACUCCGUAUCAAAGGGGCGGGGAUGCUUGUCGUCUCGCUUAGGGUUGUCAAUUUCGGAUUUUGGUCUCACUUGGGGUGUUCUGGGCUAAACGCCAUAUUUAGCCAUAAACGUCUCAUUCAGGGUUGCACGUGAAGACACAUUAAAAAAUUAUUCAUUUUCAAUUUGUUUUGUUUCCCCGAUUCAUGUAAUCAGAGUUUUAAAUGGUCUUUUUUAGGGGUCAAAAAAAGGAUGGGCCAUGUCGAGAUUGGUCUCCUUUAGGGGGUUAAUUCAAAAUUUCCGACCAGCAUCCCCACCCCUUUCAUAUGGAAGCCCCCGGGCUUGACAAGUAGGCACCCCCAUGAAAAAAAAUUUCAGUGUUUGUAAGAGAAUGUCAUGUUGAAUGAUUUCCGAAAAAUGGCUGUUCUGAAAAAAAUAUGAAUUGCAAACUAAAGUUACACAGCAAAAGAUUUUACUGACAAAUUUUGGGGGCCGUAACUGGGCUUAAAUUUGUCCAGAUGCUUGCUUUAGAUCAUCCAUAUGCAACUGUACUUGCCUCUGCAAUUUUUCCCAGGAAAAUCACCUUUUUUCAGUAGAAUCGAAAGGAGUGAAGCUCAACAAUUCAUAUUUUUUUCAGAACAGCUGUUUGAUAGAAAUAUUAUUCGACAUACACUGAGAUUCUCAUAGAAACACUGUAUUUUCUCACAUGGUUUCCUACUUGUCAAGAUCGGUUCCAAAACUGUGACCAUGUCUAUUAGGAGCUAAAAGCUUAUGUUAGAAAAUUAGUAUUGAUGUCACUUCCUUGACACAGUUGACAGAGGUCUUGACAACGCUGGCAAAACAACAAUUUUAAAGAAGUUUAAUGGGGAAGAUAUUAACACAAUUGAACCCACGUUAGGAUUUAACAUCAAAACCCUUGAGCAUAGAGAGUGAGUAUGACCUGCGUGAAGAUCAUCAGAAAUUUUUCUUCUACUUCACAUCUGUCAAAUCGAAGCUUCAGCACCCCCCUGCCCUCCCCCACUUGGGCAUACCUAGGGCAUUUAACACUUUUUCGUUCUGUGGUGGAGGAAAUUUGAUUGUCAUAAUUUUCAUGAGGGUGGGAAAUUUGGUAACCAUGGUUAAGGGUUGGGGAACUUGAACCUUAGCUUUAAUUUCACAUGAUACAUGUAAUGUAUGUAUGUCUUGGAGCUUGUAGGAGGACAAAGGGAGAUUAGAUGAUUUCAAAGGGCAAGGUUGUGGCGUCAUGGUGGAUUGGCAUAAAUCACACAAACUUUGUAAUUUUCCCAGGGUGGGGCAUUUGAUCACCUUAAAUUGACCUACAUGUAUUGGAAAUUUAUACCCUGGUGGUUGCUUGGGAGGGGAUGUUGAAGCUUCGCUUUGACUGGUACAAUAGGAAAACACUUCAAGGUUUUUAAGUAUGGUUGCAUUAGUUUUCCAAACCCUGGGCACUUUAAAUUCUCUCAAAGUUUUGAAAUACUACAGCCAGACUAGUAGUAAUCUCCGAAACCGAUGUUGAAAAUAUAGACGGAGAUAUUGUACUCACUGUCAUGGACUGUACUUCCAACUAGUAGGCCAUGAAGGGUUUAAGGUGUGACAGCAAGCUAAGGGCCAUGCAACUUAUGUCACCAUCACUUUUUAAAAACAUGAACAUUUUUAAUGCCACAUGUACACCAAAUCACUGCAACUGCUACACUGUAUAUGGGUAAAAUGUGAACUUUCCCUCAUUGAUAGAAAAACAAUCUAUUGCCACCCACAGAUUUAAGUUAAAUAUUUGGGAUGUUGGUGGACAGAAGUCCCUUCGCUCAUACUGGAGAAAUUACUUUGAAAGCACUGAUGGCUUAAUAUGGGUAGUGGACAGUGCUGACAGACGCAGACUUGCUGAUUGCAAAGAGGAAUUAAAGGGACUCCUUCUAGAAGAGGUACCACAUGUUUAUUCGUUUUUUCUCAGAGUCGUCAGCCGGGCAAGUAAGCCUGAUGACAUACUUGUUUGGUUACAAAUUUUAUUUGGGUUGCCCGCUGGGACAAAAGUGCAGAAUUAUGUAAAAGAAUGAGAAAAAAUUGUGUGCAACUUGAACAUCUCUGAUUAGCAUUUUAUUGCCAUUAUAGUUGCAAAGAAAGGGUUUUAACUGAACUGUUGAGUACAACAGGCUACAUGCCUAAGCUAAACACAGUUUAUUUACGUUUUACAAGUAGCCACACCACGGUCAGUCAGUUUUUUUUUUAUGGUGCGCUUAUAGAAUAUGUUUUCUCCCAUAUAAGGCAGCGGCUCCUGUGUCACCACUUUUUUCCGUUGAAGGCAGCGAAACGUCUACUAUAAACUGUCACAUCUUGAUUCUUAUAAGGCACCGGCUUCUGCUUCACCUUUUUUUCUGUGGAAAAAAUGCCGUGCAUCUUGAUGAGUAAUGUCAUGUUUUCUGUGAAUGGCCUCACAAAAAACUGAGCCUGCAAUUGUUUCGUAGAUAAAUUCUACACCAUCAGGGAUGAGAAGUAAUCAGAACACAGGGAAAAUGUAUAAAAUCUUAUAAGAAUUUUUCAAAAGAUUUUGUGGUUGAGUAAAACCUCACUGGUCCCAAGGGAGACUUUUGAAGUUACGAGAUUGUAGUCGUCUGGGACAACCAGACAAAUGGGAAUAUGGAUCCCUGUUUAUUGACUUAAACCCCUUGGGACUUCAAGGUAGCAUCCUUGAUUGCGAGAGUCUAUAAUAGGGGUUAAUUUCAUCAAAACAUCUUAAUUUAUUUUGCCGUUGAUUAACUUGCUGCGUGUCUGAGUGUCUAAAAUCACGAGGUGUCAGCAAAUUGAGAAUUGACUGUAUUUUUCACUUGGCAUUUGUUUGAUUUGUAAAAACCAAAACCGAGACAUUGACCUCAACAGGCAAUCUUGUGGGUACUGACUGUUGAUUUGUUUUUUUGCUUAACUAGAGGCUUGCGGGUGCUACGCUGUUAGUUUUUGCAAACAAGCAGGACCUUCCUGGUGCAUUAUCAGCAGAAGAGAUUAAAGAUGUAAGUUUAAUUGUGCCUGAUGAGUUGUAUGUUUGUAGAUCAGUUGCACCUUAAGGUAAUUCUCUAGUGUUUCAGAUGAAUUAGUAGAUAAUAUAAUAUCUCAAGGUCCUUUUAUGGAUAAGGGAGAUGGAGGUUAGGGGAGAAUCUAUGCGCCUAGUCUGAAUUUCACAUUUGAAGAGGAAGUCAUCUCCCUGUGUACUAAAAUAGAUUUUAUUAUUUUGUGGUUGUCUUUGCUGCUGUCAUUGAGUUUCAGUCCUUCAAUCCUUUGUCAUUUGUUGCCAUUCCACCUGUCUUAUACCCUUGGACUAUAACCAGCAUCACAUUAGGUGGAAGCAAGUUCUCACAACAAAGCAUUACCAAGGUUUAUCGGUCAUUUUGAUACAAACUCAUUCUGAUACAAGUCAUUUCGAUACAAGUUUAUUCAGUCAAGGUGCAAAUAGUUUCGUGUGCUUGGCUUAAGGAACAAAGAAUAUUCAGCCCAAAAUUAAUGUUUUUCUCAUUCAUGUGCAGAUUAUACUUGAAGUGAUCAAAAUUUUUAUGUAAUUUCAAUGCUUGAGUUUCCAUCAAAACAACUUGAAUCAAAACGAUCAGUUUGCCAUUACCCAUGCUCACUCGGUAUGACUCCACAAUAGCUUGUGGGGAAUGGCACCAAACAUGGCUAGGGGUUAAUGUACUCUAACUGUUUACCGCUGUAUUUGUUUCCUUUUUGUAGGCCCUUAAUCUGGAAGCCAUCAAGACACAUCACUGGAACAUUCAGUGGUGCAGCGCUGUAACAGGAGAAAAGCUGUUGGAUGGCAUUGAUUGGAUCAUUUCUGAUAUUGCAUCAAGAAUAUUCACAAUGGACUAA